GAAGAAGAUAGAUAAUAUAUAAACUUAUAAACUAUUUUAAAUCGAAUCAAAACAAGAAUGUAUCUAUUUAUUAUAAAAAAUAACUAAAUAUUAAUAAAAUAAAGAAAUUGCGUGUCAAGUGUCUCAUUGGAUCAUCAUAGAUUUUUAGUCGUAGAUUGGACUAGGUACUUACAUCAGCAAGAUAAAAAAAUUACUGUGAAGAUGGCUAGCAGUACCACACCAGAAAAUAACAGUUUUCUCGAAAAAGUAAAGGAUUUUCCACCAAUUAUUGAUGGCAAAAUUAAUGCAGUAAAAUUUAUUGAAUCAACUCUGGGCUUGUUAUGGGUUGUUGAGGGCCUUGGUAAAAUUUUUGCUCUAGUUAAAUAUGACAUGGAAGGAAAUAUUGAUAAAAUUAAGAAGUUAGACCCAAAAGAAAGCUCCUGUUUACUUGAAUUAUUACAUAGAGAAUGUUUACAAGCACAAGGCAAACCGGUAGCAACUGAGGGAUUAUUAUGGCUUAACAGAUCGCUUUAUUUCUUCGAAAUUGUGUUUCAAGAAAUGAUACACUUGAUCAAGGAAAAUAAUUUGGACAUAAAUAUGAGGAAGAUAUAUACCACUGCAUAUGAGGGGUCUGUUAAGAAAUAUCACAACUGGGUUACUCAACAAAUAUUUGCACUCAUUUGCCGGUUGGCUCCUACACUUCAUCAACUUUUGAAAUCAUUUGGAGUGGACACCAACAACGUAGCAUCAUUUAAAACCAGACUCACAAGUUUUAACAUAACAUUACACUUAGUGAGGUGUAAAAUUGAUGAUUUUUACAAAGAUAAUAAUUUAUUUUGUUAAUAAUAAUACUUCAAGCUAGUAUUUUAAUAAGGCGCCAUAUUUAUUAUCCGAUUAGCAUUUGUAUACACCCUUAAGUUUAUUUUAAAUUGAGAAUAGUAUACAGUGCAUAGUCAGUAAUAAUUUAUAAAAGCAGAGGAUAAACUGUUUUUAAACAUGCCUAUGUUUAGCAUUUAUUUAUCAAAGUUAAAGCUAUUUCAUUGUUUUCAUUUUAUAUAGUUGCAGCGGAGAUAUUACAUGCUAACUAUGCCAAAAUAUAGCUAUACCAAAAUCAGUAACAAAGACAAAAUAAGGAAUUCAGUGCCUUGAUGAAUAUUAUCUUGUUCACAAAGUUUCCAUUACUUACCAAAAACUUAAAAGUGGAACAAAUUACUACUUAGUUGUGAUACCUAUAUCAUUAACAUCACAAAUCACAAGGGUCUUAAAACCUCAUAUUACGUUUAAAAUUCUCAUGUUUUAAUACUUAAGGUUUUGUCUAUAUUACUUUUUAAGUAUAAAGGAGGUAUAAUUGACACAUUAUUAAUAUGUAAAUUAUUUAAAAACACAUAUGGCAUAAAUGUUUUUGUGUGGCUUAAUAUUAAAUUUUCCUAUAUAGGCAGUUUAUAAAAAGCCUGUAUAAUACUUUAGACCGGGAUUCUCCAAUAUGUAUGAUGGUGUCCUUUUCGUGGGCCGAAUUGAGUUUUUAUGGUAUUUGGCACUUUUCACAGGCCAAGUUAAAUUGGCAGGCUCUAGAUCUGGCCCUCGUUUUGAGACCGCUGCUUUAGACUACUGUUAGCCUUAUAAUGUCAAACUAGUAAGGUCAAAGUUGAAAAAAAAAAGAUUGUACCAUUCAACACCAACCCUAGAAAAUUGUUGUUACUCAUUACUAAAUCAAAAUUUGAACGACAUACGUAAUGGGGCAUAGACUCAAACACAGAAUUGAAAUUGUAUGUAAGAAAAUAAUAGCAGAAUAUGCUUAGCAUAACUAUAAUUAUUAAUUUACUUACUCUUUAAAAAGUUGUUUUAAUAAAAAGUGCAUAAAAUGCUAAUAUGGUGUGCUAUAGAAAUCUGUUAAGGACUUUAACAAAAACGUCAUGUGUAUUUUUCAAUCUCAUAUUUUUUCUUCGUAAUAAUAUAAAGUCACUAUAGUGUUAGUGUAUUGCAACCUAACAGUAUUAAGCAUAAUUCUAUCCAUAUUUGGGGUCUAAAGGGUCCUAUGAAAUAUGGCUCAGUGUAAGUUUGUUAUAUCUAACAUUGUUUUGUAAUUUAAUUGUUUAAAGCAAAUGCAUACAUAGAAAUUCUUUAUUGUUUACAAAAGAAUACUUAACCUCUGAUUCUCAUAUGAGAGACUGUGUUGAAAUUGUACAAAAAUUGUAACUCUAAAAGCAUAUUGAGUAGAUUAAAAAUUCGAAAACUGUUUGAUUGUGAUGCACAAGGCAUUUCAUGAGUUCAGGUUUGUUAGUCAGUUAGUUUUGCUGGGCAUUUUCCGCACAUCGACAUCCACUAUAUUUUGCGUAAAACGAGGUAGCGCUACUCACGAGUUCAGAUUAAAGUAAAUGUAAAAAUUCUGAUAGGUAUGAACUAUUUUAACAUUUCUAAAUUUAUGGUUGCAUUGCGGAUUUAGAUAAAUGUACCUAUAAGUAUGUAAUUUAUAUUGAAUUUUAUUAAGAAAAUUAAAACAAAAUGUGAAGCAGUAUGAGAAUUUUGUAAUGUGACCUUAGACUAUUUGGGAAAAACUACCAAAAUAUUGCCCCUUUAAAAUAAUUUAAUUGGCCCCUCUUGUUGUUGGAAACUUCCCAUGGCCGAUGCUGCCUUUAACUAUGAUUGAAGGGGCCAAUCGUUGGAAAAGGAGCCAUUAUUAAUAUAGUUUACCCUAAUAACCAAUAGAAAAUGCUACAUUUU